CUAGCCUGAGGGGUCUUGAGGUGACAGCGACUGCAACUGCGACUCCAGCAGCUAGAGAAGAUGGACAAGGGGAAGCCUGGGCGACGGCGGUCUUCAUCCGAGAUUGUCACAGAAGGAAAAAGGAAAAAGUCUUCAUCUUCUGAGUUACAUAAGAUAAAAAAGAUGUUAAAUACAAAACCGGAGAAGGUUCAUGUUCAGUCAUCACUCUCUAAACUCAGAAGCUCAGAACGCUGGGAUAUCCCUUUGCAGAGGUGGAAAAGAAGCCUAAGAAAUAAGGUCCUCUCUCUUGACCAUGAAAGUAAAAAAGGUGUCCGUGGGCGUCAUGGCACUUCUUUGAAUUCACCAGAAAGGCAACUCAAAGUUAUGUUGACGAAUGUCCUAUGGACGGAUUUAGGACGGAAAUUCAGAAAGACCCUACCUAGAAAUGAUGCUAAUUUGUGUGAUGCGAACAAGGUGCACUCAGACUCAUUGCCUUCGACAUCUGUUGACAGCCUAGAGACUUUUCAAAAAUUAAAAUCUCUUCACCAAAGCCUUAAUUUAUCUGAAAGGAUACCCAGAGUUAUAUUGACGAAUGUCCUGGGAACGGAGUUAGGAAGAAAAUACAUAAAGACCUCACCUGUUAAUAAGGCCAAUUUGGGUGUCAAAGACAACUUGAAAUCAGAACAGCUUUCUUCAUCAUCUGAUGGCAUCCUAGAAUCUUGUCAAAAUCUAAAUCCUCACAAGAGCUUCUUUUUAUCUGAAAGGAGUUCUCGACCAAGUCAAACAGUAGAUAAUAAUAAUACACAGCAUGAUGUACACACUAAAGAAAAGCGAAGAGAUGAUGGUGGCAUUUCUCUUAUAAUGUCUGAUACUCAGCCUGAAGACCUUAAAAGGGAAAGUAGAAGUUGUGAUCAUCUUGAAGAGGGGAACAGAAACAAAGAUGACACAUAUGCUGAUUCAAAAAUACCUUCCAGGAAGAGAAAGAAAAGACUCAGAACUAAUUUACCUGAUUGUCUUAGUUCUACUUCUACUUUGUAUAACUCAGCAGAACAGUCAAAAGAACAAGAAAAUGACUCAACAGUAUCUACUGUAUUUGAAAAGUCAAGUGAAAACUCUCAUCAAGAACAAACACUACUUGAAGUAAUUACAUCUGAACCUAUAAAGAGUGAUUUGAAUAAACACUUCUCAUUUAGUCAGGAGGUGACUUUGAGUGCUGCUCAGGAAAGCAGCUCUAACUGUUCAGUCACUGAAACUUUUGAGGAUUCUAUUUCUGGUGAUGCUCUGGGGCAUUCUACCCUGGUUGAGAAGGAUGAAAAUGAAAUCAACACAAUAGAAAAGCCUCUUUUAAGUGAACACAGUGAAGGGAACAAAUUGUUGAUGUCAGCUGAACCAAUCGUUGUUUCUAGUGAUGAAGAAGGACCGGUAGAACACAAACAUUCAGAAAUUCUUAAAUUACAGCCUGAGCAAGACCAUGCCAUCAUUAAUGAAGAUAAAAAUGCCCGUGAAUCAACAUUGUCAGUAAUACCUUCUAUUACAUGUGAAUCUGUACAGGUUUCAUCUGACUUAUGUCCAUAUAAUCCUGUCAUGGAAAACAUUUCCUGUAUUACAGCCACUGAUGAGUUAGAUCGACAGCUGGAUUUUAUAUUUACUUCUGUUUAUAUUGGUAAAAUAAAAGGAGCUUCUAAAGGCUGUGUUACAUUCACACCAAAGUAUGUUAAGAUCCCAUUCCAAGUGUCCAUGAAUGAGAUUUCAUUGCUGGUGGAUACCACACAUUUAAAGAGAUUUGGGUUAUGGAAAAGUAAGGAUGAUGAUCAUGGGAAAAGGAGUCAUGCUGUUCUUUUUCUCUGGGUCUCUUCAGAUUAUCUUCAAGCUAUUCAGACCCAGUUAGAAAACACUAUGUUAAGCCAGCAAUCAAAAUCCAAUGAAUUCAUUUUUCUUGAGCUACACAAUUCUGUUUCACAAAGAGAAGAAUUAAAAUUGAAAGAUAUUAUGAGAGCAAUAAGUACAACCAAUGGGGAUUUAGAGCUUUCUUAUCCAUUGACUUGGCUUCAGGCACUUCCUUUAUUUCAGAACCUUUCUUCAAAAGAAAGUUCCUUUAUUCAUUAUUACUGUGCUUCAAGUUGUUCUUUUCCUGCUGUUGCUGCUGCUGCUGAAGAAAUGAAGAUGAAGCCAGUAUCUCAGACCUCAAAUAUAGACACAGCCAAACCUACCUACACCUUCCUGCAGAAGCAAAGUAGUGGUUGCUAUUCACUUUCUAUUACAUCUAAUCCAGAUGAAGAAUGGCGAGAAAUCAGGCACACUGGACCUGUUCAGAAGUUGAUUGUGUAUCCUCCACCACCUACUAAAGGGGGAUUAGGAGUUACUAAUGAAGAUCUGGAGUGCUUAGAAGAAGGAGAGUUUCUUAAUGAUGUAAUCAUUGAUUUUUAUCUUAAGUAUCUUAUAUUGGAAAAGGCCUCAGAUGAACUUGUUGAACGCAGUCACAUUUUUAGUAGCUUUUUCUAUAAGUGCUUGACAAGAAAGGAAAAUAAUUUAACAGAAGAUAAUCCAAAUCUUUCACUGGCACAGAGAAGACAUAAACGAGUACGAACAUGGACUCGUCAUAUAAACAUCUUUAAUAAAGAUUACAUCUUUGUGCCUGUAAAUGAGUCAUCUCACUGGUAUCUUGCAGUCAUUUGUUUUCCCUGGUUAGAAGAAGCAGUGUAUGAAGAUUUUCCACAAACUGCAUCUCAGCACUCCCAGACUCAGCAGUUCCAACAAGACAACAAAGCAAUAGAUAAUGACCUACAUACUACUUCAGCACUAUCCUUGAGUACAGAGGAUUCCCAAAGUACUGAGAUGAAUACAUCAAUACCAAAGAAAAUGUGUAAAAGGCCUUGCAUUCUUAUACUAGAUUCCUUGAAAGCUGCUUCUAUACAAAACACAGUUCAGAAUUUGCGGGAGUACUUAGAGGUAGAGUGGGAAGUUAAACGAAAAACUCGUCGUGAAUUCAGCAAAACAAACAUGGUGGACCUAUGUCCUAAAGUUCCUAAACAAGAUAAUAGCAGUGAUUGUGGAGUAUAUUUACUGCAGUAUGUGGAAAGCUUCUUCAAGGACCCUAUUGUUAACUUUGAGCUUCCGAUUCAAUUGGAGAAAUGGUUUCCUCGUCAUGUAAUAAAGACCAAACGGGAAGACAUUCGAGAGCUCAUUUUGAAACUUCAUUUACAGCAACAGAAGGCCAGCAGUAGCUAGUUAAUCUGCACAGACUUGACACAGAUGUCCUAUACGAUUACUGGAAAGCCGCUUACCAGCAUUUGUGUUAGCCAGCUCACAGAGAAGAAAAUAACUUGUAGUAGUUUUAUAAGUCAGUGAGUGUUAUUUAAAAUAUAUCAGAUAUAUUACUAGAAUUGUUGGGAUCUCAUAGAUGGAGUGGAAAUGGGAGUGAUAUAAACUUAUUAUCAGAUAGAAAUUAAGAUUUCAUAAAUAUUGAUAUUUUUAUGAUAAAUAUGCUUGAAUUAUGCAAUAGCACAUGUAAUGUGGGAAUGUUUUUUUAGAUAAUAAAAUUUUGUGAUCUGUCCUUCCACAUAAUGGGGGUUAAGGAAGGGGCUUCAGGUCCUCCCUGUUGUCAGCCCUAGUGCUUGUCAAAUUUGUUGACAAGUCAUGUUAUAAUUCUAUUCUUUGCAACUCAAGCAUGCAGUAUAAAUACUGUGUAUUUUUAUAAAAAGUUCAGUAUCAAGACUUCAGAAAAUGCCAUUUACGGCAUCCCUUCUGUAUGGUGUAACAAGUUAUAAUGUUAGGAAGAUGGUAAAAAUUCACUCUUUCAAAGCGCAGCUUAUUUUUUUCUCAACUGCUAAAUGGAAUUGUUACUUUGUUGUAAUUUUUUUCCCCAUUUCUUUUGAUGUCAUAUGUGGGGAUCUGAAAAUUUAGUUCUUUCAUUUAAGGAGAGAUUUGGAACAAAAAUUUUAGCUAUCCAAACUAGGUUUUUUAAAGUUAUAUAUGUAGCUCAACUUAAUUUGGGGUAUAGCUAUAUAAAUGUUGACUCCUGUAUUAUCACAGAAUAUAUGUACACAGAUACUGUAAGUAUAGAAGAUAAAAUCAAUGUCCCCAUAACUUUUUAAAAAAGUACCCUCAAAAUCUUAUUUAUUGUUAGAAUAAAUAUAUAAUUUUAUAGCUGCUUAUCCAGUAUUCAUUGCAAAGCCAGAUUGCUGUCAUUGCUUUUAUAUUUUUUAAAUUGUAGUUUUUAGAGGCCUUUGAGCACCAUGGAACAUCAUAUUUUAUUAAAUGUUCAGGUCUUAGUUCUGAAUUGUUGAUGGUGAUUUAUAUUCUCUUCACAACAUUUCUAAUGUUAUCAGGAAUAUUUUGAGGAGUGAUUUUAUUGUAUUGCUCACAUAACAAAACUGCUUUAAGACAUUUUAAUCUUGUGUUUUAAUCAUCUAGAUUUACAUUGUAGCUGUAUAUAAAGCAGUGAAGCAAAGGCAAUUUAAGAGGAAGAUAAAAUUUGGAUUUUAUUUCAAAAUCAUGUGACUUGAGAUUGUCAGUUAAGCCUCUGUACUUAAGCUUUUAUUAAUCUUGUCAUCAUCUUUUUGUUAGGCGACAUUUGUCCUUUGUGGGUUUCCUGUGUGGUUGGCUAUUAUUAAAUAUUUCAUUCCCAAUUUUCCUGUGUGGUAGGGGACUUUUAAAGAUGACUAUUAUUUUGUACAUCUAAUUUUGGAAAGCAAUUAUAUAAUACAUGUUCUUGUGACUUCUUAACUCUUUUGUUUAUAUGUUUUUCAAAAAUACCACUGUUCUUUAUCAUGUUUUGAAGAUUGUUUAAAAUUCAUUUUCCUAAAUUCAUGU